AAAAAUCUUUUUAGAAAGAAUUAAUUUUUAAUUUCUCCUUAAAUUUAAUUAAAAAUUGAAUGGUAGUAGAGAAACAAAGGAAAGAGAGUUAUUAUGGGAAAUUGUUGCGGUUAAUAAUAGAUCAAUAAUGGAGAAGUUCCUUCAAAUUUAAUAUUCAAAGACAAUUAGUAUUUAGCAAUGGCUCCUGCACUAGAGGAAGGAGAGGAAGUCAAAGAAGAUUAUUAAGAUGUUGAAGAAUAAAAUGAAGAAGAUAAAAUUUUAAUGUAGAAUAACAUUUAAAUGAUUUAAGAAUAAGGCUUUGCUGAUAAUACAAAUAUAGAAUAAUUAUAAUAAAAUCCUAUUGUUUUUUAACAAUUAGAAGCUAAUAAUUUAAGUAAAAAUGAAGAUGUAGUAGAUGUUUCCUCUAAUAUGAUAUAGAAUUUAAGUUAUACUUCAGCAGCUGCUGCACCUUCUGACUCAUCAGCUAUCAAAAGAAAGUCCACUUUCAAACCAACUUAUGUUGAAACAGAUCCUAAAGUAAUUGAAGAGCAAAGAAAAAGGAAGGAAAAUGAAGAAAAAAAUAGGAUUGUAGAAUACUACGCAAAUUUAAAUAAAGAAUACGAGAUUACAAAAAUCUAAGCUCUUUAUAGAAGCCACAGAUCAAGAUAAGAAGCAAAAGAAAUAAAAGAAAAUAAAAAAGUGUAUCUAACAGAAAAAGAAAAAGCUUAUUCGCCAAAUUCAAAAUCUGCAUAGCCUUACUAGCAGUAGAAAGUUGUUUUGAAUUCAAUUUUACAAAAAUUAGUUGAUACCUAUGGAAGAUUUAAUCCUUAUAAUCCUGAAAUCAAAAAGAAUCAAAGAGUGAAAAAGAUUAUAUGUGACCUUGAUAAAGUUAAACUUAAUAUUCCAUAUGUAUUUUCGAAUUCUAAAGGUAUUUAUACUGGAGAAUGGAAGAAAGGACUUCGACAUGGAUAUGGUACAUUUGUCACAGAAAAUUAGAUUUAUGAGGGAUAUUGGGAAGAAAACUACGCAAGUGGUUAUGGAAGAACUAUUUUUAUAAAUGGAGACAUGUACUAAGGAGACUAUUUUAAAGAUUAAGCUUAAGGUUAAGGAAUUUAUAUUACUAAAGAUAAAAGUAAAUAUGAGGGAUAAUUUUCUAAUAACAAACCUCAUGGGUACGGUAAAGAAAGCUGGUAUGAUGGAUCUAAGUUUGUAGGUACUUUUGUUAUGGGCAAGAAAUAAGGUGAAGGAAAAUUUUAUUUUAGAGAUGGAAGUGUUUAUCAUGGAAAUUUUGAAAAUAAUAUGUUCAAUGGAAAAGGGAAAUAUAUAUGGCCUGAUGGUAGAGAAUAUGAAGGGUUAUGGAAAGAUAAUAAAAUGCAUGGAGAAGGUGUUUAUACAUGGCCAGACGGAAGAUAAUAUACAGGACCAUAUAUUGAUGGUAAAAGAGAUGGAUCAGGAUAUUUUAAAUGGCCAAAAGGAGAGUCAUAUUAGGGCUAAUGGAGGUUUGGUUUACAGCAUGGAGUAGGAUAUUACACUGAUGAUAAAAAAAUAACAAAAAAAGGAUAUUGGAAAUUUGGAAAGUUUUAAGGAUUUGUAUGA